CAGGCUGGGGAGGAGCAGGAACAGUCAGGACUGGAAUUUAGCUCUGUUCCAAAGCCAGCUCUUAAUUACCAACAUGGGGGUGGGGGUGGCGUGUUCCUGCCCCUCGUUUUUCUGGAGAGGGGUAACUCCCCCCAUUUUGGCCCCCGCAUCCCUGAGAACCUUGGGGUCUGGCUGUAGGAGGUGGGGGAGCUCUGGGAGGUCUGCGCUGGCUAGUUCCUGAGAUCGUUAAAAGUAGAUUCUCCUUUCGCUCCAACUUUCCCGGUGUCUCACACACUCCUGCCUUCUCCUGGGCCCACUGGGCCCACCGCCACCCAACCCGGGGACCCCCGGAGGCUCGCCAGCUCUCCAGGAUGGGAAUUUCGUGACGUUCCCUGCCUGAGCUUCCGGGAGGGCGGGGGAGUGCUCUAAGGGGCUAUCGCGCAAGUGCAGACCCUCUGCUUCUGCCGCAAACGGCGGGCCUCACCUGGACCAGGGGACUCUCCAACGAGGGGCGCUAGCCUGGCCCGACUGGGCGAAUCCCCGCGUCCGUACCCGUUCCGUCGCUCAGUUCCACGACUCGCUCCCCUGCCGCCCCGCCUGUUCGCGGGUGGGUGGGCGCUUCCCUCGGCUCCCCGUGACACUUUGCAGACGCUCCCCGGCGCCGGGCAUGGGCGCCGCCGCCGCCGUCGGUCCCCGAGUCGGAUUCCGCGCGCGGGUGGGUGAGCGCGGGGGGCCUCGGCCCCUUGGACCCCGGGCACCCGCGGGCGGGGGAUGGUGACCGUAUUUGCACCCCCGCCCUGAUGCAUUCCCCCGCUGGGAUCUUUCCACGACUGCUCCCCCUCCCACCCCCGGGACAAAGGGCGGGGGCGGCGCAUCCCCACGCGUGACCUUUCCCCGUACUGCGCACGCGCCCAGCCCCCACCACCGGGGGAGGGUCCGCACGCCCACGCGAGUGCGGGGGAGGGGUGUGGGGCCCCGGAGGUAGGGGAGGCAGCGCGCACGGGCUGGACCUCCUCCUACCCUGGGAAGUUGGGGCAGUUUCCCUCUGCACCUGCCUCUUCCUUAGGCCUGGCGGUGUCCCGCGAUGAGAGUCCUUCCCCUUCAGGCCAGGUGUCCCUGUCAGGCGACCCCUUGGGGCACCCAGCAAUUUAGGGCUUCAGCUUCCUUUUCCUUCGAUACCCAGGAGCCCACAUCCCCAGCUCACUUCUCCCCUAGGACCUCGGUGGCUGGGCCCCCUGCCCCUGACUCUGGGAACCCAGGAGUUUGAAGCUCAGGCGUGUUUUGCCUCAGUCCUGGGGUCCGGGCUCCCUCCUCCCUCAGACCAGGGAUCCAGGCCAGAAGGUCCUUCCUGUCUCAGUUCACCUCCCCUAGGAUGGACCCUCGAGUCCAUCCGCGUCCCUCCAUUUGUGGCUGCUGUUUCUGUCCAGUGCCCCUGAGGCCCUCGGCUGCUGGGGUCCGCAGGAAGCCACGCCAUGAAUGACCGGAGCAGCCGGAGGCGGACAAUGAAGGACGAUGAGACCUUCGAGAUCUCCAUCCCCUUCGACGAGGCGCCCCACCUAGACUCACAGAUCUUUUACAGUCUGAGCCCCUCUCGGGGAAACUUCGAGGAGCCUCCGGAGGCUGCGUCCCCCGCCCUGGCUUUGAUGAACAGCGUCAAGGCCCAGCUGCACAUGGCUCUGGAGAGGAACUCCUGGCUGCAGAAGCGCAUCGAGGACCUGGAGGAAGAGAGGGACUUCCUGCGGUGCCAGCUGGACAAAUUCAUCUCUUCUGCUCGGAUGGAGGCAGAGGACCACUGCCGGAUGAAGCCUGGGCCCAGGCGGAUGGAGGGGGACAGCCGGGGUGGGGCUGGGGGCGAGGCCUCGGACCCUGAGUCAGCAGCCUCCUCCCUCAGUGGAGCCUCCGAAGAAGGCAGCGCCAGCGAGAGGAGGCGGCAGAAGCAGAGGGGAGGUGCUAGUCGGAGGCGCUUUGGGAAGCCCAAGGCCCGGGAGAGGCAGCGAGUGAAGGACGCCGACGGGGUCCUCUGCCGGUACAAGAAGAUCCUGGGCACCUUCCAGAAGCUCAAGAGCAUGUCGCGGGCCUUCGAGCACCACCGCGUGGACAGGAACACCGUGGCGCUGACCACGCCCAUCGCCGAGCUGCUCAUUGUGGCCCCCGAGAAGCUGGCCGAGGUGGGCGAGUUCGACCCCUCCAAGGAGCGCCUGCUCGAGUACUCCCGUCGCUGCUUUCUGGCCCUGGACGACGAGACGCUCAAGAAGGUGCAGGCGCUCAAGAAGAGCAAGCUGCUGCUGCCCAUCACCUACCGCUUCAAGCGGUGAUCGCACCACGCCUCCGCGCCUCCGCCCGGGCCUUCCUCCCCCGCCGACCCCGGCCCUCCCCAGGCCCCCGGUGGAUGACCUGCGCCUCUCCCUGCCGCCCCCCUGCCCCUCCUCCUCGCUCCCUGGGUUGGGGGCUCCCUUAGCCUGGCCCCCAAGGGCAGGCCGCAGCCCCUUCCCGAACGCCGGCAUCCCCUUCCGCUUGGGCCGCCCAGCCCUGUCCUCGCCGGACCCCUUCCUCCUGGAAAUCAACCAGGCAGGAGGGUGCCGCCCCCCUCUCGGGUGGGGGACUGUAUAGACCCCGUCUCCGCCCCAGCCCCGCGGAGGAGCUGCCCACCUGAUUCCCGGACAGACCUCCCCAACUCCGCGCGAGACAGAGAAUUAUUCAGAGAAUUUAAAUUAAAAAACGACGUGAAAAUUUGGAAUAAA